AUUAUUUAUCGUUAUCGGCAGACACCGGUGACCGGUGACGUGUAUUUUUUGUUAAAAAUCCAAUAAAACACGAACAGACAAAUAAGCGUCGUUGAUUAAGUAGUAGACACUCGCAGAGAUAAACCCGUAGACGAAAUCGGACACGUAAGCGCAGACAUGAAACCGCUGGCGUGCAUAUUGUUGUUGGCUUUUGCCGUGGGCAGCACCACUGCCUUCUACUCGCCAAGCGAUGGCGUCGUGGAGCUAACAUCUGCCAAUUUUGACCGGGAAGUGCUCCGAGACGACGCCAUCUGGGUUGUGGAGUUCUAUGCGCCGUGGUGUGGCCACUGCCAGAGCCUGGUGCCUGAAUACAAGAAGCUGGCCAAGGCGCUGAAGGGAGUAGUAAAGGUGGGCUCUGUAAACGCCGACGCUGACAGCUCGCUGGGCGGCCAGUUUGGAGUACGUGGCUUUCCCACUAUCAAAAUCUUCGGAGCCAACAAGAAGUCGCCCACGGAUUUCAAUGGCCAGCGCACGGCUAAGGCCAUUGCUGAUGCCGCUCUGGCGGAGGUUAAGAAGAAGGUCCAGGCCGCAUUCGGUGGCAGCAGUGGAGGCGGAGGUGGUUCCUCCGGCGGUUCAUCCGGCGAUGAGGUCAUCGAACUCACUGAUGAAAACUUCGACAAGCUGGUGCUAAACUCAGACGACAUCUGGCUGGUGGAGUUCUUUGCUCCCUGGUGCGGACACUGCAAGAACCUCGCACCGGAGUGGGCCAAGGCCGCCAAGGAGCUCAAGGGUAAGGUCAAGCUGGGCGCCCUGGAUGCUACCGCUCACCAGAGCAAGGCUGCUGAGUACAAUGUGCGUGGUUAUCCCACCAUUAAGUUCUUCCCCGCAAACUCAAAGGCUGGAGAUGCCCAGGAGUAUGAUGGAGGACGCACAGCUUCAGAUAUCGUUGCUUGGGCUAGUGAUAAGCAUGUGGCCAAUGUACCGGCACCCGAACUGAUAGAAAUCAUCAAUGAAUCCACCUUCGACACUGCCUGCGAGGGCAAGCCCUUGUGCGUGGUCUCUGUCCUGCCACACAUUCUGGAUUGCGAUGCCAAGUGCCGCAACAAGUUCCUAACCACCCUGCGCACGCUGGGCGAGAAGUACAAGCAGAAGCUCUGGGGCUGGGCCUGGGCCGAAGGUGGCCAGCAGUCCGCUCUCGAGGAGUCCCUUGAAGUUGGCGGAUUCGGUUAUCCCGCCAUGGCUGUGGUUAACUUCAAGAAAAUGAAAUUCUCCGUGCUGAAGGGAUCCUUCUCCAAGGACGGCAUCAAUGAGUUCCUGCGCGACAUCUCCUACGGCCGUGGCCAUACGGCCCCAGUGCGUGGUGCCAAGAAGCCAGCGAUCGUUUCGGUAGAUCCCUGGGACGGCAAGGAUGGCCAACUGCCCACCGAGGAGGAUAUUGAUCUGAGCGACAUUGAUCUGGAUGAGGCACCCAAGGAUGAGCUGUAAGGGAUAUCCCAAAGUUCAGAACUCACCACCACAUCAAGACUGUGCGGCUCAAGCUCAAAUUUUCCACUUAAAUUAAACAAACACUUGCAUUCUGAAUGAUAUUCAUUAGUCAGCCAGCGUAUCUAAAUAUAAAUAUAUUUCUUAAUUAUA